GGAGUUGCUCUUGCUCCUUGCUUCCCUCGUGAAUUGGUAGAAUUCUGAUUUGUCCAACCUCAAAUUUGACUCUGCUUAUAUAAACAAACCCAAGAACAAUUCUCAAUUUCCUUAACUCUUAUUUCCCUCUCUCUCCUCUUCUCCUCUCCUCUCUCUUUCACAAACUGAAAAUUUUCCAACAAGAGAAAUAUGAGCGAUCUGAGGUCAAAAUUUCUCGAAGUUUAUCAAAUUCUUAAAUCUGAGCUUCUCAAUGAUCCUGCUUUUGAAUGGACUGACACUUCUCGCCAAUGGGUUGACAGGAUGCUGGAUUAUAAUGUUCCAGGAGGGAAGCUAAAUCGUGGGCUUUCUGUUAUUGACAGCUACAAGCUGUUAAAGGAAGGAGAAGAGCUGACUGAGGAUGAAAUCUUUCUUGCUUCAGCGCUGGGGUGGUGCAUUGAAUGGCUUCAAGCAUAUUUUCUUGUUCUUGAUGACAUCAUGGAUAACUCUCAUACAAGGCGUGGUCAGCCUUGCUGGUUCAGAGUUCCUAAGGUUGGGAUGAUUGCUGUCAACGAUGGAAUAAUACUUCGAAACCAAAUACCAAGAAUUCUCAGGAAGCAUUUUAGGGACAAGAAGUACUAUGUUGACUUGUUGGAUUUGUUUAAUGAGGUAGAAUUUCAGACUGCUAGUGGACAGAUGAUUGAUCUGAUCACUACCAUUGAAGGAGAGAAAGAUCUUUCAAAAUAUUCAUUGGAUCUGCACCGUCGCAUUGUUCAGUACAAAACUGCUUAUUACUCAUUCUAUAUUUCUGUAGCUUGUGCUUUACUAAUGUCUGGUGAGAAGCUUGAAGAUCAUGAAAAUGUCAAAGACAUUUUGAUUAAUAUGGGAAUAUAUUUCCAAGUACAGGAUGAUUAUCUUGAUUGUUAUGGAGACCCGGAAUUCAUUGGCAAGAUUGGAACUGAUAUUGAGGAUUUUAAGUGCUCCUGGUUGGUUGUGAAAGCCUUAGAACUUUGUAAUGAUGAACAGAAGAAAGUCUUACAUGAAAAUUACGGCAAAGAAGAUCCAGCUUGUGUCGCAAGAGUAAAAGAACUCUAUAAUGUGCUCGAUCUUCAGGGUGCAUUUGCCGAUUUUGAGAGCACAAGUUAUGAAAAUUUGAUCACAUCUAUUGAAUCACAUCCUAAUAAGGCUGUACAGGCUGUCCUGAAGUCAUUCUUGGCGAAAAUAUACAAGAGACAGAAGUGAAGUCUUGGUGCUUUCGCCCUCAAUUGAUUCUUGAUUUAUUUUGUAAUUGGUUUGUUGUGUUAUUUAGGUGCUUUUGUAACUUAAUUUUUCUGCAAAGACAGCUUAUAUUUAAUUAUUUAUAAAUGAUCCCUUCCACUUGUGAAGGAGAUUGCCUUCAUGUCUAA